CUCAUCCCUCACCCUCAUCCUUUUGUCUCAGAGAACGUAGGCCGCUUAGUCACGCCUGCCAAAAAGCUGGAGGAAACAAUUCGCCUGGCGGAGUUAGUCAUAGAGGUCCUCCAGCAGAACCAGGAACACCAUGCGGAGGCGGCAGUCACAAGUUCUGGAGAUCAAUCGGGGAAAGAGGCUUUUGCAUGGUGGACGGACCUCAUGGUGGAGCAUGCAGAAAACUUCCUGGCCCUCUACGCCGUCGACAUGGACGCCGCCCUGGAGAUCCAGUCACCUGAGAGCUGGGACAGCUUCCCUCUAUUCCAACUGCUCAACGACUUCCUCCGGAUGGACUAUCAUCUGUGCAAUGGAAAGUUCCACAAACACCUUCAGGAUCUGUAUGCUCCUCUGGUGGUUAGAUAUGUGGAUCUGAUGGAGUCCUCCAUCGCACAGUCAAUUCACAAGGGCUUUGACCGAGAGUCCUGGGAGCCUGUAAAGAGUUUAACAAGUAAUCUGCCCAAUGUGAAUCUACCAAAUGUGAACCUCCAAAUUCCCAAAGUACCAAAUCUGCCAGUGCCAGUAGCAGGACUAUCAGUUAACCUUCCACAAAUGCCUAGCUUUUCUACCCCGUCAUGGAUGGCUGCUAUAUAUGACUCUGAUAACGGCUCUGGAUCAUCAGAGGAUCUCUUCUGGAAGCUGGAUGCCCUCCAGACCUUCAUCAGAGACCUACACUGGCCUGAGGAUGAGUUCGCCAAACACCUUGAGAGUCGCAUCAAGCUCAUGUCGAGCAACAUGAUUGAGAACUGCGUCAAGCGCACCAGGAUGGCUUUUGAGUCCAAGCUGACAAAGAGCAGCAAGUCAACAGAUUUCCGCAUUUCUCCAACAUUAUGCACCAUGUUCAAUGUGAUGGUGGAUGCCAAGGACCAAUCAGCCAAAUUGUGUGCAAUGGAGAUGGGCCAAGAGAAACAGUUCGCCUCCCAAAUCGAUGAACUGAUCGAGGAGAGCGUGAAAGACAUGAUUCAGCUCAUGGUUGCAAAGUUUGUUGCCAUACUGGAGGGAGUGCUGGCUAAGAUUUCCAGAUAUGAUGAAGGAACUCUCUUCUCCUCAUUCAUGUCAUUCACGGUGAAAGCUGCCUCAAAAUAUGUGGAUGUACCCAAACCUGGGAUGGACGUGGCCGAUGGCUACGUGACCUUUGUGCGCCAUUCUCAGGACAUUCUUCGUGAUAAGGUCAAUGAGGAGGUGUAUAUAGAAAGGUUAUUUGAUCAAUGGUACACUGCCACCAUGAACCUGCUGGGGACCUGGCUCACUGAACGCAUGGAUCAGCAGCUCCACGUCUACCAGCUGAAAAUCCUCAUCAGGAUUACAAAGAAAAAGUACCGGGACUUCCGCCUGCAGGGCGUCCUUGACUCCACCCUCAACACUAAGAUGUACGACACGGUGCGUAACAGGCUGACCCUGGAGGAGGCCACUGCUUCAGUGAGGGAAGGAGGCAUGCAGGGCAUCUCCAUGAAGGACAGCGAUGAGGAGGAUGAAGACGAUGACUAGAGCCCAGUACACUGAACCACCCUCACCCCGAGCCCCCUAUCACACUUUUGACUUUAGCCUGGUUACCGAUGCAUGUACCAACUCAGAUAGCCACUCUAGGACCUCUUUGUCAGCUCGAAAUGCCUAUGAAGGAAAUAUUAACUAUAAAAAUAGUACUUAUACUGAGGAAAAUCUAAAUAAAAAUAUUUAAAAAAUAACCAUGAUUGGCAGUUUAGCUGUCAUGAUAAAGAUAGCACCUAUCUUUGAUUCAUUCAUUUCUAAAUUCAUUUCUAUGUGUUACUAAGCAAUAUGGAGAACCAUUUGUUUGACAAUGUUGAGUGAGAUUAAAUAGGUGUGUCCCUGUCCAAUGCAAUCCUAUAUGGCGCUUCUUUGUCGUAUUCUACAUUCAUUAAUGGUACAUUGUCGUGAUGAUGAGUGUGUGGACCCUUUUCUUUGUCUUGUCUGUUUUUAAGUGAAUGCCAACUGCUUCAAACUGAAAAGAAACCUCUGUAUUUGUUUACGGCUGUUGCAGAUAGACUGUCGUCUACUCACUGUUCCUAACAUCGGCAGCAAGUCUAGACCUGCAUUUUUAUCAUGUGUCAAUACUAUGUGAUCUUAUCUCAAUUACUAAUUAGGAAUCUUGAACUUCAACAAGUGGGUAUUCUAGAGAUGCAAUAUUCUCAUAGCUCCAUUUUGAUAACUUGGGAGAUUCUAUUUUUAUUUCAACAUUAAAAGGCCUUGAAACAGGUUCUAUUUGAAUUGAGUUGCACUUUUACAGAGAAAAGAGCAAAAAUAUUUUUUUUUAUUGAAAAAAAAAAAAGUUGGUCCGUCUUUGUUCUGUAACUGUGUAGAAUGAGAUGUCUGGCAUUUGUUUGGGUCUCACUGUUGUUUUGUAUAUAUUCUAUAAAUAUAUAUAAAUAUAAAAUGCUGUACAUUGCAUUCUGAGCCAUCGCUGCAUGCCUGUGGGUUCCCACCCUCCCCAAACGCUUUCUGUUUUUCUGUGUGAAUUAGCUGGUGGAUUCAUUCUUGCUUUUGCCUUAUGAAAGCCAACAGUUGUAAUAUGCAAGAGCUGUGGCCUCUAAAUAAAAAUUACUGUACAUGUGCA